UUGCAAGCAAACCUGUUUUGUGCCUGAGUAAAACCAAAAAAAAUCCAUGUGCUUCUUUUCAAAGACAGGAGGGUCAGUACUGUGCUUGUGUUUGUUCCCAUCCCGUUAUGUAACCGUGGGGACUUGUUUCUUUGCUCUCAGGAUUUGUGCAAAACACAUUAAAGCUGAACAAUAGGCGGGAGUCUCAGGAGCAGCUCUGGAGCUGUCCUGGAGCGUGUCCUCUAGGUUUGGGAACCUCCAAUUAGUUCCAUCUCAAGGGCCGAUUGUGUGUGUGCGCGCGCGUGUGUGUGCGAGUGUGUGUUUGGUUAGCUGGCACGACGCACUUCCCAGGGUUGUGUUUCCUUUUUCCUGAGAUUUGGCGAAGGGUAAAGGGUCGGAGUCACAUGGACAGAAAGCAUUUGAUUAACGUCCAAGUCCCCGCGGUGGCGGCAGGGGCCGCCUCCCCUCGGGCUCCGGCCGCGUGAGGCGCAGCGGCGUCUCCCCGCCCGCUCCGGCUCCCCGCGCCCCCGCACGCUCCGCCGCCCGCCGCACCAUGAGCGAGGACGGCCGCGCCGACGGCGCCCGGGACGCGGACAGGCAGCUCCGCCUGCGCGUGUGCGUGCUCAGCGAGCUGCAGAAGACCGAGCGGGACUACGUGGGCACGCUGGAGUUCCUGGUGUCGGCAUUCUUACACCGAAUGAACCAGUGUGCAGCUGCAAAAGUUGACAAGAAUGUAACGGAGGAAACAGUGAAGAUGUUGUUUUCCAACAUCGAAGAUAUCCUUGCAGUACAUAAAGAAUUCUUAAAAGUUGUAGAAGAAUGCUUACAUCCUGAACCUAAUGCUCAACAAGAAGUGGGAACCUGCUUUCUUCAUUUUAAAGACAAGUUUCGUAUCUAUGAUGAAUAUUGUAGUAACCAUGAAAAAGCACAGAAAUUGCUUCUUGAACUUAACAAAAUCAGAACAAUUCGGACAUUUCUUUUGAACUGCAUGCUGCUUGGAGGGCGAAAAAACACCGAUGUUCCCCUGGAAGGCUACUUGGUAACUCCCAUACAGAGGAUAUGCAAAUACCCUCUCCUUUUGAAGGAGUUGCUGAAGCGGACCCCACGGAAACACAGUGACUACGCAGCAGUGACGGAAGCCCUCCAAGCUAUGAAAGGCGUCUGCUCCAACAUAAAUGAGGCCAAGAGGCAGAUGGAGAAGUUAGAAGUUCUGGAGGAAUGGCAGUCUCACAUCGAAGGCUGGGAGGGCUCCAACAUUACUGACACCUGCACUGAAAUGCUGAUGUGUGGAGUUUUGCUGAAAAUUUCCUCUGGAAACAUUCAAGAACGGGUGUUUUUUCUUUUUGAUAAUCUUUUGGUGUACUGCAAAAGAAAACACAGACGGUUGAAGAAUAGCAGGGGUUCCACAGAUGGACAUCGGUACCUUUUUCGUGGCCGGAUCAAUACGGAAGUGAUGGAAGUAGAGAACGUGGAUGAUGGCACAGCGGAUUUCCACAGCAGUGGACAUAUUGUUGUUAAUGGGUGGAAGAUACAUAACACAGCAAAAAAUAAAUGGUUUGUGUGCAUGGCAAAAACACCCGAAGAAAAGCAUGAAUGGUUUGAAGCAAUUUUGAAAGAAAGAGAACGACGAAAAAGUUUAAAACUAGGAAUGGAGCAAGACACCUGGGUAAUGAUCUCUGAACAGGGUGAAAAACUUUAUAAAAUGAUGUGCAAGCAAGGAAAUCUAAUCAAAGACAGAAAAAGGAAACUGACAACGUUCCCUAAAUGCUUUCUUGGAAGUGAAUUUGUGUCAUGGCUGUUGGAAAUUGGAGAAAUUCACAGGCCUGAGGAAGGUGUUCACUUGGGGCAAGCAUUAUUAGAAAAUGGAAUUAUCCACCAUGUUACUGAUAAGCAUCAGUUUAAGCCAGAGCAGAUGUUAUAUAGAUUCCGCUAUGAUGACGGUACUUUUUACCCAAGAAAUGAGAUGCAGGAUGUGAUUUCAAAGGGUGUGAGGUUAUACUGUCGUCUUCAUAGUCUAUUUACUCCAGUAGUGAGAGAUAAAGAUUACCAUUUAAGAACCUACAAAUCUGUGGUCAUGGCCAACAAACUGAUAGACUGGUUAAUUGCACAGGGGGAUUGCCGCACUAGAGAAGAGGCGAUGAUACUUGGCAUGGGUCUGUGUGACAGUGGAUUUAUGCACCAUGUCCUUGAAAAAAGUGAAUUUAAAGAUGAACCCCUACUUUUCCGUUUUUUCGCGGAUGAAGAAAUGGAAGGGUCAAAUAUGAAGCAUCGACUCAUGAAACAUGAUCUAAAGGUUGUGGAAAAUGUUAUAGCUAAGUCCCUCCUGAUUAAAUCUAAUGAAGGCAGCUAUGGCUUUGGGCUAGAAGACAAAAAUAAAGUUCCAAUAAUAAAGUUGGUAGAAAGGGGGUCGAAUGCUGAGAUGGCUGGCAUGGAAGUUGGGAAGAAGAUUUUUGCCAUUAAUGGUGACCUAGUUUUUAUGAGACCUUUCAGUGAAGUGGAUUGCUUCCUGAAGUCAUGCUUAAACAGCAGAAAGCCUCUGAGAGUUCUCGUUAGCACAAAGCCAAGGGAGACAGUGAAAAUCCCAGAUUCAGCUGAUGGACUUGGAUUUCAGAUCCGAGGGUUUGGCCCUUCUGUUGUACAUGCCGUAGGAAGAGGCACCGCGGCUGCAGCAGCUGGCCUUCACCCCGGACAGUGCAUUAUCAAAGUGAAUGGCAUCAAUGUCAGCAAAGAGUCACAUGACAGCGUCAUCGCGCACGUGACAGCCUGCAGGAAAUACAGGCGUCCAGUGAAGCAAGAUUCCAUACAGUGGGUUUAUAACAGCAUUGAGAGUGCUCAGGAAGACCUCCAAAAAUCGAACUCCAAAGCCCCUGGAGAAGGGGCAAGGGAUGCUUUUGACUGCAAAGUAGAAGAGGUGAUUGACAAGUUCAACACCAUGGCCAUCAUUGAUGGGAAGAAGGAGCACGUGAGCCUGACGGUGGACAAUGUCCACCUGGAGUACGGGGUGGUGUACGAGUACGACAGCACGGCUGGGAUCAAGUGCAAUGUGGUGGAGAAGAUGAUUGAGCCCAAAGGGUUCUUCAGCUUAACUGCCAAGAUUCUUGAAGCCCUGGCUAAAAGUGAUGAUCAUUUUGUUCAAAACUGUGCCAGUCUUAAUUCUCUAAAUGAAGUGAUCCCUGCUGACCUUCAGAAUAAAUUCAGUUCCAUUUACAGUGAAAGAAUUGAGCACAUACGUCAAAGAAUACUCAGUUAUAAAAAGUUCUCCCGUUUCCUGAAAAACAGAGCCUGGCCCACCUUUAAACAGGCCAAAGCUAAAAUCUCUCCACUGCACAGCAGUGAUUUCUGCCCUACCAACUGCCAUGUCAAUGUGAUGGAAGUUUCUUAUCCUAAGACAUCAACGUCCCUGGGGAGUGCCUUUGGUGUUCAGUUGGAUAGUAGGAAACAUAAUUCUCAUGAUAAAGAAAAUAAAUCUUCUGAGCAAGGGAAACUGAGCCCUAUGGUGUACAUUCAGCAUACAAUCACCACCAUGGCGGCCCCCUCGGGUCUGUCUCUGGGACAGAAGGAUGGCCGUGGACUCCGGUAUUUAUUAAAGGAAGAAGACUUGGAAACUCAAGAUAUCUAUCAGAAACUGCUGGGUAAACUUCAGACCGCACUGAAAGAAGUGGAGAUCUGUGUUUGUCAAAUAGAUGACCUUUUAUCUUCCAUAACAAAUUCUCCUAAACUGGAGCACAAGACAUCAGAGUGUGUAACACCAGCAGACAGUGACAACGAGAAGGGAGAAAGAAACAGCCGACGAGUGUGUUUCAACGUAGCGGGAGAUGAGCAGGAAGAUUCCGGUCAUGACACCAUCAGCAACAGAGACUCUUACAGUGACUGCAGCAGCAACAGGAACUCCAUCGCCUCCUUCACGAGCGCCUGCAGCAGCCAGUGCAGCUCGUACUUUCACAGUGACGAAAUGGACUCAGGUGAUGAACUUCCCCUGAGCGUUCGCAUUUCUCAUGAGAAGCAGGACAAGAUACAUAGUUGCCUUGAGCAUCUUUUCAGCCAGGUGGAUUCAAUUACCAAUCUCCUAAAAGGCCAGGCUGUCGUAAGGGCCUUUGAACAAACCAAGCAUCUCACACCAGGUCGAGGAUUACAAGAAUUUCAACAAGAAAUGGAACCAAAGCUGAGUUGUCCAAAAAGGUUAAGGCUUCACAUCAAGCAAGAUCCUUGGAAUCUUCCCAGCAGUGUCCGGGCUGUUGCUCAGAACAUCAGAAAAUUUGUUGAAGAGGUAAAGUGUAGAAUACUCCUGGCUCUUCUUGAAUAUUCAGACAGUGAAACGCAGCUCCGGAGAGACAUGGUUUUCUGCCAAAGCUUGGUGGCCACGGUCUGUGCCUUCUCUGAGCAGCUCAUGGCUGCUUUAAACCAGAUGUUUGACAACAGCAAGGAAAAUGAGAUGGAAACUUGGGAAGCCAGCAGAAGGUGGCUUGAGCAGAUAGCAAAUGCUGGUGUUCUUUUUCACUUUCAGUCACUUCUGUCGCCAAACUUGACAGAUGAACAAGCCAUGCUGGAAGAUACACUUGUUGCACUGUUUGAUUUGGAGAAGGUUUCCUUUUACUUUAAACCAUCAGAAAAAGAACCACUUGUUGCAAACGUGCCUCUUACAUAUCAAGCAGAAGGAACCCGGCAAGCUCUGAAAAUUUACUUCUACAUUGACAGUUAUCAUUUUGAACAACUGCCUCUACGGUUGAAAAAUGGAGGAGGGUUUAAAGUUCAUCCUGUUCUUUUUGCACAAGCGCUGGAGAGCAUGGAAGGAUAUUACUAUAGGGACAAUGUUUCAGUGGAAGAAUUUCAAGCCCAGAUAAACGCAGCCUCACUGGAAAAGGUCAAACAGUACAACCAGAAGCUCAGGGCAUUCUACCUGGACAAAUCAAAUUCCCCACCAAGCUCCACAUCCAAAGCUGCCUAUGUAGAUAAGCUAAUGAGGCCUCUGAAUGCUUUGGAUGAACUUUAUCGCCUGGUAGCCUCAUUCAUCAGAUCCAAACGCACAGCCGCCUGCGCAAACACAGCUUGCAGCGCCUCCGGGGUUGGCCUGCUGUCGGUUUCCUCCGAGCUGUGCGACAGGCUGGGCGCCUGCCACCUCAUCAUGUGCAGCAACGGCGUGCACCGGUGCACCCUGAGUGUGACGCUGGAGCAGGCCAUCAUUCUAGCCAGAAGCCACGGGCUGCCUCCUCGCUAUAUUAUGCAGGCCACAGAUGUCAUGAGGAAGCAGGGAGCGAGAGUUCAGAACACAGCAAAGAAUCUGGGAGCCAGAGACCGGACUCCUCAGUCAGCUCCAAGGCUGUACAAGCUUUGCGAGCCGCCUCCCCCCGCUGGAGAAGAAUGAAGGGAAUUACCAAGGAACCAGGCAAGCAGAAGCUCCUGAACACCGGCCUGGACAAAGUACAUGCUGGUGCAACAUUUCCCACUGAAGCUACAGUAAUGUGUUGUUUCCCUCCUGUUGUAAAUAACUAAUGUUCAGUUUGUACUUGGACAUGUGUGCUGGAAAUGUUCAUUCAAACAGUUCGCCCUCCCAACUGAUCUCUCUGUAUACUGACAUUAAAUAUUAAUUUAUACAGCAGAACUCAUCUCUGGAAUUUAUAGAAAAGAUACCAGAGAUGACAAAAUAACUACGAUGUGUCCCCUUUCUUUCAGUAAUUUAUUGUGUUUGGCCACAUUGUAAUAAUGGAAAGUUUUGCUUGAAGAAGCCAGUCACUGAGGAAAGAUGGCCACACUCUGCAAAUCACAGUGCACAGAUGUUAAGGACAGUAUAGAUGGGGCGAUACUGGUGUUUUGUCCCCCACUUGGGUCAGAGAAAAGCACAUGUGCAGAGGUGGAAAGGCAUGCUUCACUUUUUCUGCUUCACAGGAGAGAAGAAGAGAUAUGGAGACUCCCGGCAAGAUUUCUUUUCUGCUGCUUUCUGGCGUACUUAGGGCCGUGGGCAGUCCCAGUGAGCUGGCUUCGGGCCUGGUCUCUAUGAUGGGCAUGGCUCCCUCGGGCUGUAGAUACUGCGCGCUGCGCCAUUGGUGGCCGUGGGUGGGAAGUGGCAGAGACUGGGAAGGGAAAAGGAAGCAGAAUGGGUGAAAAAAGAGAAAUAUAAAUCUGUGUAAAACUCAGCCUCUAUCUUAGAAAGAUACCUAAAUUCUUAACUUCAUGAAGGCAGCUUCUUCUGUGAGAUGUCAGGCUCUUAAUAUACCAUCAUGAGUGUUUUUUAAUCAAGGUAUAUGUGUAAGAAAAAAUAAAGCUUUAUUUACUGUACUUUAAAAGACCAUUACAAAGCUUGAUCGUUUAUGGACAUAGGGGAUAUUCUGUCUUCAUUCUAAAUACAUGUAAUGCUUAUCAUUCUAUAUUGAUGUAAUUGUGGAUACAUUAACAUGGAUUUUAAAUUAAUAAUUUUCAAAAGAAAAAAGAUGGUAAUAACUAAAAUCAUGCUUUACUUAACCAUAGGGAUCCACAGGGAUAAAUAAUUUCUGAAAAAAUGUGUCUUUAGGCAAUUUUUUGUGCACACAUCAUACAGUCCACGUAGCUAAGCUAAGACAAUAUCAUCCGAUAAUAUAAACUAUGGGGCCGUUCUUCUAUGCUGUCCACUGGGACCACAUCACUAUGUUAAACAUGACUGCACAUGACUUGAAACAAAGUGUGUUAAAUACUGUACGUAACCUUUGAUUGUUUGGCCCAUCUCGUGUUGUUACUGUUUCAUAUAUCCUCAUAAUAGGGAUGUAAGAUAGUAUUUUUUAUUACCCCCACAGAAUGAACCAGUGAUUUAAACAAGCUCAUAUGACUAAGAAGUGUGACUAAAAUUUAAACCCAAGAAUUCUGCUUUCAUAAUAUGUUAUCCUGAGUAUCCUUAGUAAUAUAACUAUUUUAAUAGAAUCACGUAUUUUACUAAAAUUGAUUAGCAUACACUGCCAUUUAAUUAUAUAUUUUGUCUUUAAAAACAAAUGGAAAUCUAUAAUAUGCCUUUAAUAU